AUGGAUUUGGGCAGGAGUGCGUCCACUUAUCGUGAAGCCGAGGAUCUCUUCAAAGACUUCAGAGGCAGAAGAGCCGGCAUGAUCAAGGCUCUUACGACUGAUUUUACCAAGUUCUACCAGCAGUGCGAUCCGGAGAAAGACAACUUAUAUCUAUAUGCAUUUGCUGAUGAGACUUGGGAAGUAAGGGAACGUCCUGAGAAAGUUCUCACAGAAUUUCCUGAACUGGUCAUAGGAAUUAACCUUGCCAGAGAUGUGACGGAAGAAAAGCGGUGGCUCGCAAAUGUUGCAUGCCACAGUGAUGCAUGGUUGCUCUCUUUUUCCUUGUACUGGAGCCUGCGCUUCGGCUUCGACAAGGAAACUAGGAGGCAGCUCUUCGUGAUGAUAAAUACUCUUCCUACUAUUAGCGAGGUUUUUCUUGGAGCUGCCAAUAACGGAGAGAAAGAAACAAUCCCGAGUAACAGCAUCAAAGAUGGGCCGAGUUCAGAGAAGAGUUGGCAGCAUUCCAGACGGGGGCGUCAAAUAAAGGACGACGAAGACGAUGACGAGGACGAACACGAACACGAUGACGAUGACGAUGACGAUGACAAUGACGAUGACGAUGACGAUGACGAUGAUGAUGACGAUGACGAUGCCGAGGACGACGGCACAUGUGGUGCAUGUUCGAAGACGCAUCGUCAGGAAAAACCCUACAUGUGUCUUUAUGGGUGUCCUGAUGAGACGUGGGAACUAAAGGAACCUCCUGAUGUUCCCCACGAACUUCCUGAACCAAACAUAGGAAUUAACUUCGCCAGAGACGGGAUGCCAGAAAAGGAGUGGCUUGGUCGUAUUGCAAUCCACAGCGAUGCAUGGCUUUAUUCUUAUGCCUUCUAUAUUGCCAUACGCGCUGACCUUGAUGCCGAGACCAGGUAA